AUGACGCACACCGAUCUUUUUCUCACUAAUGCUGUGAUACCAUGUGAGAAGUGUUUUUGUUUUUGCUUUGCAGGAGACGCACCAUUAGUAAUAGCCCGUGGUGGAUUUUCUGGAUUAUUUCCUGAUUCAAGCUAUGAUGCCUAUAUGGUGGCAAUGGAAACUAGCUUGGCCAAUGUGAUUGCUUGGUGUGAUGUCCAACUAACCAAAGAUGGGGUCGGCAUCUGCUUACCUGACCUCAAGCUUGACAAUGCAUCUGACAUUGAUGUGUACUUCAAAAACAAGAAGAGUAAAUACUCAGUGAAUGGAGUUCCAAUGCAAGGAUGGUUUUCUAUAGAUUUCAACUUCAAGGAUUUGGCGCCUGUCACCUUGAGGCAAGGAGUUCUUUCCCGGACCCCUAAAUUUGAUGGCACACAGCAGAAAAUUCUAACUGUCCUGGAUGUGAUUAACAAAGUCAAACCUCCAGGAUUAUGGUUGAAUAUCCAGCAUGACACCUUCUUCAGCCAGCACAAUCUGAGUAUGAGAAGCUUUAUUAUAACCCUGUCCAGAAGUGUUAUCAUCAACUAUAUUUCAUCACCUGAGGUGAAUUUCCUCAGAAGUAUUGUGGCACGAUUCGAUCCACAAGUUACAAAACUCGUUUUCCGGUUUCUCGGACAGGAUGAUGUUGAGCCUUCAACAAAUCAAACAUAUGGUUCUUUAUUGAAGAAUCUCACAUUUAUCAAUACAUUUGCCUCUGGAAUUCUUGUUCCCAAAUCUUAUAUUUGGCCGGUGGACAACUCACUCUACUUACAGCCACAUACAUCACUUGUCUUAGAUGCUCAUGAAGAAGGUCUUCAGAUUUUUGCGGCGGAGUUCGUAAAUGAUGUGCCUUUUGCUUACAAUUACAGCUAUGAUCCUGCAACUGAGUAUUUGUCCUUUAUUGACAAUGGAAACUUCUCUGUGGACGGAGUACUGUCCGACUUCCCAAUAACUCCAUCAGCAACAAUAGAUUGCUUCACUCAUUUGGGCAAGAAUGAUAAACCUCAAGCAAAGCUUCUGAUUAUGACAUCUGAAGGAGCGAGUGGAGACUAUCCGGGUUGUACUGAUUUGGCAUAUACCAAAGCUGCUAUGGAUGGUGCAGAUGUUCUUGGCUGUCCUGUCCAAAUGGCAAAGGAUGGAAUACCCUUUUGCCUGGGUUCUAUUAAUUUGAUAGAUAAGACUACAGUUGCUCAAUCGCCCUUCGACAAUAUUGGUAGUGCUGUCCCAGAGCUUAACAUAACAAAUGGAAUAUUCACCUUUAACCUUACUUGGGAUGAGAUUAAGAGCCUGAAACCGGCAAUAUCAAACCCAUGGUCAGAGUUUAGAUUGUACCGAAAUCCAAAAGCCAGAAAUGACGGAAACUUCGUGUCGUUAGUGGAUUUCUUGACAUAUGCAAAAAAUGCCACAACUGUAUCUGGUGUGAUGAUCGGCAUAGAGAAUGCAGCUUACCUGGCAAAGCAUGGAUUUGGCGUGACUGCUGCUGUUCUUAAAGCCUUGAGCAGCGCUGCUUACAAUAAUCAGUCAGCCAAGAAAGUUAUGAUCCAAUCAACUGACAGUUCGGUUCUGAAAGAAUUUAAGAAAAGCCAGUAUGAACUUGUUUAUAGGGUUGCUGAUGAUAUCAGUGAUAUUAAGAUCUCAACUAUAUCCGAGAUCAAGAGCUUUGCUAGUUCUGUAAUUGUAACCAAAAAAUCUGUUUUUCCAAGUGAGGAAGAAUUUCUCAUUGGGCAAACAGAUGUGGUGCAGAAGCUGCAGUCAUCGAAUCUCCCAGUGUACGCACGACUCUUUAAUAAUGAAUUUGUGUCUCAAGCAUGGGAUUUUUUCUCAGAUUCAUCUGUCGAGAUAAACAACUAUAUCUCUGGAGCUGGUAUUGAUGGUAUUAUAACAGAAUUCCCCGGCACAGCUGCUAGAUACAGAAGGAACCGUUGUUUGGGUUACAAAGACCGACCAUUGUAUCUUAGCCCUGUUGAACCUGGAGGUCUCCUACAAUUCAUGGCUCCUCAGUUGUUGCCAGCAGCUGAAGCUCCCAAUCCAAUACUUACUGAUAGUGAUGUGGUUGAGCCACCUCUACCUCCUGUUGCAAAGAUCACUCCUACUGCUGGCAAUGAGUCUAUAGCUGCAGCUCCCACCCCUCCAAGUGGUCAAUCCUCGGUUGUGGCUGGCGUUUUCACAAGUUGCGUCGCCAUUCUUCUUGCCAAUCUUGUGAUCUAUUGAUCAAAUCUGAUCAUUUGUGCCUCAGUGAGAGCACUUUGUAUGUCCAUUUUGCUGAUCAACUUCAUGUUAUUGCCGAAGCCAUGCAUGAUCGCAACAGUAGUCUAUAUAAAGAGAAUAGAAGAGGGAAAAUAACAUGAUUGUUAUAUUGGUUGUAUCGCUAAGUAGAGAGAGAGUCUGUACAACAAUUAAAUCAACAAAGAUUUAAGUUGAAAAAGAUAAGGACUAUCAGAAAAGAGCCCAAAUAGGAGGAAAAGUUACAACAAAAUCUUAAAGAUUAGGAAAUACAAAAAAUAAAAAUCUAGAGCAAUAAGGUAAUCAUUCGUUAUUACGCACCCAACUUGGAAAGUUGCUAGACAAAGGAGGUUGUUUGGUGAGUAUAUCUGCUACUUGAUUAGCUGAGUGAAGGUGUUGAACUUCAAUAGCCUUAUUUUGAACUUAUUCACGAACAAAGUGAAAAUCAAUAGCAACAUGCUUCAUCUAACUAUGGAAUACGGGAUUGGCACAAAUGUAAGUGGUGCUGACAUUGUCACAAAAGAUUCGAGGAGUGGUUGAAAUAUGAAAGUGAAGCUCAUGAGGUAAACUUGUUAGCCAAUUGAUCUCUGAAACAGUAGCUGCAAUGGAUCUGAUAUGCUUCAGUCGGUUAUAUUGGGUAGUUUUUAAUGUUUUUAACAUUUAGCUUGUAAAUUAGUUUCUACCUCAGUUAAUUGGCCCGAAAUAUCACCCCCAGUGUUGUGAAUGACUUUGUGAGUGAAAUGUUAAAAUACUCAAAAGUUGAGUGACUUUAAUGUUAUAAAAUAAAGAAAAGUGAUUUUUUACACAAUUUCAUUAGUUGAGUGACCUGUAUGGGUCAAAAUCUACCCUUAGAAUAUUUAACACAAGAUAAUACUAAGGAAAGAAUUCUCAAGUCGUCGUUAGUUGAGAUGGCCCAAGAAGCAGCAAAAUCCAUAGCCGAAGAGUCGACGAGAGCCGUGGUCGAGAUGUCAAUAAGGGUCGAGGUCGAGUAUCGUUGACAGAGCUGUAACGACUAGUUUUCAAGAUAGUAUGUUAAAAGAGAAUAAUAUUCUAUUGAAUAUUCUCCACACUUGUACAAAUAGGAAAAAGAGACAAUGAUAGGGGCAUGUGAUAUUCAUUU